UAUAGGCUUGCAUUUCAACUCAUGCACUCUGCAGUGCAUUGUUUCUACACACACACCUGCGGCCAUUGUAUAACCUCAAAAUCGAGCUGUAUAACUCGAGUUACAGAACUUCGUUAACGUUAAUAAAGUUGUUUUACGAUACGGCGAUAGUGUACUUCCGAUGAGCGCGUGAAAAAACAGCGGAUGCACGUAGAUAAUUACCCGUCAGGAUGGGGCACAAGCAGAAGAUAAAGAUCAGGUGUAAAUGGGAGAAGACUGAAAUGUUGAAAGCGAUAAAUUCAGUCCUGGAGAAAAGAUUGUCGAUGAGAGCAGCUUCCCACGUGUACAAUGUACCUACGUCAACUUUGCUGGCCUGGUGCAAAAGGGCUAGGGCAAGAAACAUUAAAUUGUCGGACAUCAAGAGAGGCUAUUUUCAAAAUGUAUUCACCGAACAACAAGAGAAUCAACUGAAACAGUAUGUCAAGGAAAUGAAACUUUCGUUGUACAAAAUGAACUCGAUUCAACUGCGAAGAAUAGCGUUUCAAUUCGCAGAGAUGAACAAUAUCCCGCACAAAUUCAACAAAGAAUCAGGAUUGGCAGGUUAUCAUUGGUACUCGAAUUUCAUAAAGAGGCAGCGUUUACAGGAGAUAGAAGCUGCGGACCCUCUCAAUGAUAUAAGUCCUCCAAGUAGCGGCGAGAGUUACAAGACAAAAACCUUUCCAGAACUACUCGCUGAUUUACAAAAAGUGUAUAAGUUUCCUGCAAAUCGUAUUUAUAAUAUGAACGCAACAGUUUUGAUUUCUGUUCCUAAUAUGACUACCAAAAUAGUCUGUGAAUCGGAUAAGCAUGAACUACAGAGCGAAUAUAUUACCAUGGUUAACUGUUGCAAUGCAGCAGGUGAUUUUGUGCCCCCUUUGAUGAUUUAUCCAGCUAGUAAAACAGAUCCUGAAUUUAUGAAAGGGUGUCCACAAGGAACUGAAAUUGUAUGUCACCCAUCUGGAUCAUUGCAAAGUGAAAUAUUUCAUCCCACUUGGUUCAAUCACUUUGUUGAUCAUGCAAAGCCAAGCAAAAGAAAACCCGUUCUAUUAUUAUUAAAUGGAAAUGCACUAUGUGCAAAAAAUUUGGAUUUUAUUGAGAAAAUUCGGGAAGUCAACGUGCAUAUUUUGAAUAUUCCAAAAAAGAUUGUGCAUCCUUUAGAAGUUAAUUUUAUUCCGGCUAUGAAGAAUCAUUAUGCUUGUGAACAAAACAAAUGGGUUAGAAAAACUGGGUUAAUCAUCAACUUGAAUAACAUUGGAAAAAUUAUUAAGAGGGCAUAUGAUAAAUCUGCAAUCAGUUCUAAUGCAAUAGAUGCAUUUCAAGCUUCGGGAAUUUAUCCUGUGAACAAAGAAAUUUUAAUACGCACUGCUUGUUUGUCUAAAUCAAGUACAUCAACUACAGACAACUCAGACUAUACAGCAGGUCCAUUAAAUGAUGAAGAUCAAAACAGUGACUUGACUAUUAGAGAUCCUGAUGAUUUCUCUUUCUUUGAUGAUCUCAUAAAUGAAGAAAAUUCCAACACCAGUGGCAGUAAUGUAACAGUUGAUGGUACAAAUAUGCCACUCGAACCAAUUUUUAUAGAUUGCAAAGAGGAGUUUAAUGAGACUGAACCAAAAAGACGAAAAAAUAUUAAAUGAAUACUGUGAUUAGCAUAAUAGUUAUUGAAUAAGUUUAAAAAUACCAUUCUGUAAUAAAAUUGACCAACCACUUUUAUUUUAUAUUAUAACGAAUGCAUAAUUUAAAUUUAACGUGAAGCAAUUAUAAAGCAUAGUACUGUAUUAUUGUGAUUGUAAAUAUGAAACAUAAAAUGUUGGUAAUCAUACCAAGCUUUCAUCAAAAA